UAUGCAUCGUGUGCAAUACAUGAAUACACGCGGAAGCAUGGCUCAGCUGCUCGCCACACUAAAUGUGCGCCAACAGCUGCUUUCCUUCGACGAGCUUGUGCCCGAUGCCGACAGGGCUAGCGCCUAUACCAGAUUCUGUAAUGAACUAUGGACUCGGUUGCAGCAACAGGGUGUCGCGGUGCUGGAGCUGGUCGAUGAUGAAGAGUUCUCGGCUUUCGCAAGCGCGCUGGAGACCUGCGCCGUCUUCUUUGGUGCUGAUGAGUCUGUGAAGCAAGGCGCCCAGAGCGCCGUGCCGGGCGAGGGCUACGCAGUCCGGCCGGGCAAGGAGCUGCUCGCAGUCCGGCUCGGCGCCCCCGCGUGGGGCUCGGGCCGCUCUCGCACGCAGCACGCCGCUUUGCAGAAGGCCUCCUCCCGCGCCGACCGGCUGUGUCGCGGCCUGCUGUGCGCGCUGUGUCGCAGCCCCGGCCUGGACGUCCACUCAGGCCGUGUGCUGGGCCUGCUGGAUGACGCGCCGCUGCUGGGCCAGGCCAGCGCCAGCCUGCUGCGCUGCGCCCGCUACAGCCCCGACCCGCACGCCGCACAGCUGCUGGCCUUCGCGCCGCACCACGACCGCGGCGUGCUCACGCUGGUGGCCAGCGCGCAGGAGCAGGGGCUGCAGGUGCAGCUGCCACAGCAGGGACAGGGGGCAGGCGCUGGGGCUGGUGCGUGGGUGGACGUGCCGCUGGGCCCUGGCCGCGUGGCGGUGCUGUGCGGCUACAGCCUGUCGUACGCCCUGGGCGGGCUGCUACAGCCGGCACUGCACCGCGUGCGGCCUGUGGCUGUAGCUGGCGGUGGCAGUGCUGACGGAUCAGCUGCUACUGCCGGCGGCGGCCGUGUGAGCCUGGCAUAUGAGCUGUGCUUCCGGCCCAACGCAUUUGUGGACCCAGCCGCCAUCACCCAGGGGGCGGCGGAGCAGCUGCCGGCAGCGGCAGCGGCGGCUGGAGAGGGCGGCGCCGCAAGCAGGCCUGCGCUGCUGACGUGCGCGCUGAUGGAGCGCUUUGAUGCCACUCACCCGGUGUCCAUCAACGGCGGCGUCCGCGUGGAGCAGGCGCAGCCGCGGGCGCAGCAGGAACUAGCGGCUAGGCGGCAGCGGGAGGAGGCUAGUCUAGUGACGGACGCGGGGGAGGGAGAUCAGAAGCCGGCGGCCACGGCGGCAGCGGCGGGGCGCAGCGGCGCGCAGGCACAGAAGGCGGCGGGGCGAGGCUGGGCUGCUGUUGCGAACGGCGCUGCUGAGGGACCUCAGGGCGCUAGCCAAGCACCGCCCAGCGACGCCACCGGGCAGCAACGCCGGACAUCGCUGCGGCUGCAGCAGCAGCAGCAGCAGAACAGCAGGCAAGAUGCUCCUGCGCCGGCGCUCACUGGCACUGCUACAAAGAAGCCAUUUGGCACCAGCGGCGGCAGCAGCAGCAAGGAGCGGGAGCAGCAGGCGCCUGCCGGUGCCACGGCACGCCACGACGCAGGAGCAGCAGCAGCCAACGGAGGUGCAGCAGGUGUGUCGGCGGCGGCAAGGCGGCAGCGGGAGGACAACCGGACUGCGGCAGGGGACGAGGCACCCGCGGUGAAGCGGGGCCGCCAUGGCAGGGCGCCGGCAACGGGUAAGCAGGCUGGCAGCCCGGCUGCCGCACCCUCAGCACUGUCGCAGCCGGCGCCAGCAGGCGGCGGCAACGGGGGACAGGCGGAGGCGCCGGCGGGGCAGUGGGCCGGUGGCGCGAUCAAAAUCAUUAUCAAAGAUCAGAGCGGCUCGGCGGUGCGCUUUGAGGUGAAGCAAUCAACACGUAUGGGCAGAGUCUUUGAGGCCUACUGCAGCAGGCAGGGCCUGGACAUCGCCAACCACCGCUUCGUGUUCAACGAAUGCCGCGUGCGGGAUGACAUGACCGCCGAUGAGCUGCCGGGCUUGCAAGACGGCGACGUGCUUGACUGCUUCGUAAAUCAGAUUGGCAACUAGACUAAGGACUUCAGGUUGCCAGCGCAGAAUGAGGACUGAGCCUAGACAGUGUUACGGAGGACUGGGGUGGCGGGCGCGUUGGUUGGUGCUGUGAUGUAGGAUCGGUGACCUCCAUUUUCGAUAGCAGCCAAAGGUGGCGUGCGAACGCGAUUGUGAUAGUUAUUGCUCCUUUGGCACGCGCCAGGGUUCGCGCCAUACCGUAAAUGCACAUCAUCACAGGUAGCAAAGGGGCCCAUGCGUACAGCAUGUACGGCAGUUGUAUGAGCCGGCUAUGAGGACUGAGCCAGCACGGGUCAGUGCGUUUGGAUUUACCUGUGCCUGCGCGACUGUGUCAUCGGGUUUGACACGGCAAGGGCGGACGGCUGCGGCCGCCCAGCCCCUCGCCGCGGCAGUCGCGGUCGGGGGAGCAGCGAGCCUGGAUACCCAGGGGGGCACAGGCAGCUGGGUACGUUACAUCCAGGAUUUGUUAUCCGGGCGCUGCUGGAAUGCUGGAUGUUAAGGAUGAGCUGUUGUCUUGUUGAUGGUCAAAGGCAGAGCAGUGUGGACGGGAAGAAGGCGGAGGCGGGGGGGGGGGGGCGGAAGUGGUGCGGAGGCUCGUAGGACUGUCUUGCAGAGGACUGGCACAACUAAGUGUUUGCAGCUUACUAUUGCAACUGCUGUGAUACUGCCUAUGCUCGAGUAGGAAGGGAAGAGUUAUCUGACGCAAGGACGCAAUUGGGAGGAGGAGCAGGGACGGAGGGACGUCGUGAGGACGAUGUACCGACUGUGUGAUGGACCAACAUCAGCCUCGACGACCCUAAAUGCGGGGCCGAUUCUCCAGAGCGCGACUCAGAAUGUAAAUUUUAUGCCAUUGUAAAAAGCUCAUUGCGCUUAAUACAACAAUGCAUUAAUGUCAAGGAGCAUUUGGGCACGCCCUCGCACCCCCCGUCCUGUACACCGCAAGCCGACAACCGCGGUGUAACUCGCUCGGCCU